GAUAUAGUGGACAAUAUUAAUAGUAACUUUUCACAGACGAUUUAGUUAUCUACAAUGAAAUACAUUCUUAAUGAAGCUAUACAAUUAUUCUACUAGACCUUGCUAAGAUUUUAAGGUUAUGCAGUGAUUGUCAGCUUGCUUGAAAUGUCCAAAAAUGUAAAAUUAUGCCAUUCACAAAAAAAACAUAUUAGCCUAUGAAUACAAUAUUAGUGCAUCACAGUUGGAAUCUGUAAACUCAUACAAAUGCCUGGGUGUAACAUUUAGUCGGGACAUUAAGUGGAAUGAUCACAUGUGUUCAGUCAUGGGUGAAGCAGGUAGCAGAUUGGUUUAUUGGUAGAAUACUAGGGAAAUUCAGUCCAGCUACAAAGGAAAUUACUUAAAAAUCACUCAUGUGAGGCAUCCUAGAAUACUGCUCUAGUCUGUGGGACCCAUACCAAGUAGGACCAGCAAGGGAUACUGAAUGUAUACAGAGGAGGGCAGCGCGGGUGUCACAGGUUUGUUUGACAAGCGGUAGAGUGUCCCUGAGAUGUUGAAAGAACUGAACAUCCAAGAAAGCACACUAACAAAAUUUCAAGAACUGGCUUUAAAUGAUGACUCUAGGAACAUACAACAACACCCUACAUAUUGCUCCCAUAGAGAUUAUAGGGGUAAGAUUAAUUACAAGAAGCUCAGAGGAAUUUAAAUAAUCAUUCUUCCCACACUGAAUAUGUGUAUGGAAUAGGGGGAAAUGUACUAAUAACUUGUACUGUGGGAUGUAUCCAAUUGCCGUGCACUUGACAGCGGUUUGCAGAGUAUAGAUGUAGGUGAAUGGGAAUUUGUGGAUUUGACAUUGGAAUUUGUUGUGGUAUGCUCACUGUGAAAUAAUAGAUAUUUCCACCCAGUUUCUGGAAGAUGCUUGUUUUGAGCGUUAUUUAAUGUGAAUAAUGAAGCCAUAUCUAAUUAUAAUUCACAUAUUUCUUAUUGCGACUCAUAUGUGGGUAGCUGCACAUCUCAGAGAUGAAGUUGAAGAUAAUGAGUUUGCAGAAUUUGAAGAUUUUGAAGAAGAUGAGGAAGAAAUUCCACUGAAGGACUCACAAGAAAGCAAUCAGGUGCCAAAAGCCAAAGCACCUCCAGAUCAUCCAGAAAUUGAAGAAGAAGAGGAGGAGGAAGAAGAAGAUGAAGCAGUAGUGGAAGAUGAUGAUGGUGAAUUUGAUCAUUUCCAAGAUGAAGAAGAGUUUGAAGGUUUUGAUACGGUUGGCCAGGGGGGCAAGCCAGAUGACAAAGAAGCACCAAAAAUUACAAUAACAAAGGUUCCACUGCACUUCAGAACUAACUGGGACAGUUUCUACCUGGAAAUGCUGAUGAUUGCUGGUUUAGUAGUUUAUGCCAUAAAUUUUUUCAGUGGAAAAAGCAAGAAUAGCAAACUAGCAAAUGCAUGGUUUAAUGCACACCGUGGCAUUCUAGAAGAGAAUUUCAGUCUUGUAGGUGAUGAUGGGAAAAUUGAAAAUGAAAAUCCUGGGCUAAUGAAAGACUCCGAGAGCAUGUAUCUAUUAUGGUGCAGUGGCCGAACGUGUUGUGAAGGAAUGCUUGUGGAACUGAAGUUACUGAAGCGCCAAGAUCUUGUUGCUGUCAUAGGACAACUGAUGCGGCCUUCCAGUGAUCAGGUACACAUCAGGGUUGAUAUGAACAAGGAAGAUAUGGACAGUUUUGUCUUCUGUAUUGCUGCUAAGAAAACUGCUUUAAGACUUUCAAAGGAAAUGGCAGAUCUGAGUGUAUACUGUCCAGAGAGGCGUUCAGUGGAGAAAUACGGCUUGCCAGCCAGUUUUAAUUUGCUAUCUGAAAUAGCUGAAGCAUCUUCUGCUCUUUUGGAUUCAAAAGUUGUAAACGUCAUUAAAACUCACGCAGAUAUGAUUGAUUACAUUCAUUUUUCUGAUCAAUAUUCAGGCCCAAAGCAGCCAGAUGAUGCAAAUCUUACAAAAUUGCCUGAAACAAAGAAGGUAUUGUUGUUCAAUUUCAACAUGAUCGUUAAGGGAAGACAAAUAGAUGAAGCCAUGGAACAGAUGAAACCUCUUAUGAUGCUUGUUAUCUACUGUAUGGAGAAAGUUAAGAGAUUCCGUCUCAGCAGAGAGGCAAAGAAUAAAGCGCAGAAAAAUAGGAACCGUGUGGAUGAGGCUUUCCUCAAGACGACACACGCUGCAAGGGCAGAAGCAGCUGCAGCCCGCCGUGAGGAAAAGAAGAGGCAGGAGAAGGAACGUAUUUUGCAAGAAGAUGACCCGGAUAAGCAGCGCAAAUGGGAAGACCGUGAAAUGAAACGCCAAAUGAAGAAAAAGGCGCCAAAAAUGAAGCAGUUGAAGUUAUGAGAACACUUCUCCGCCUGGGUUAUGCUUUUGUAAGUGAACAUUUAGUACUUAACUAAAAAAAGAUUUAUUUAUGAAGAAUACCAUACAUAUAUUCAUUAAUUCUUUGUAAUAAAGUAUUUUCAAAUUUUGAUACCUACCUUUAGGUCAUUUUUUAGAAUUACUUGUCAUAUUUAUUAUUGUCUUCCAAACAAAAUUUUGGAAAAUUGUAAUUAAAAGUGGAUAAAGAAAAUUAAACAGCUAGUAUACUCAUAUUUUACAACCUGUAUUUAUGAAGUGCAAUAAAUAUAUUAUUUAUUGUGUGG